CAGAGUGUGGGGAGCACCCAAGUGGGACCAGAGGAACGUCGUGUGUAGCAGCAAGGAGCCCGCAGAGGAACAUGGCGCCGCUCUGGGGGCUCCUGGUGCUCAGCUGGUCCUGCCUGCAAGGUCCCUGCUCCGCGUUCUCCCCUGUGAGCGCCAUGGAGCCCUUGGGCUGGCAGCUAACUAGUGGGCCAAACCAGGAGAAGGUGUCCCCACUUACUCUCCUCAAGUUGGGCAACCAGGAGCCUGGUGGCCAGACUGCCCUGAAGAAUCCCCCAGAAGUCUGCAGCAGAGACCCCACCCCAGAGCAGACCCGCAGGCUGGCCCGGGCCAUGAUGGCCUUCACUGCCGACCUGUUCUCCCUGGUGGCUCAAACGUCCACCUGCCCCAACCUCAUCCUGUCACCCCUGAGUGUGGCCCUGGCGCUGUCUCACCUGGCACUAGGUGCUCAGAACCACACGCUGCAGAGGCUGCAACAGGUGCUGCACGCGGGCUCAGGGCCCUGCCUACCCCAUCUGCUGAGCCGCCUCUGCCAGAACCUGGGCCCCGGCGCGUUCCGACUGGCUGCCAGGAUGUACCUGCAGAAAGGAUUUCCCAUCAAAGAAGAUUUCCUGGAACAGUCCGAACGGCUAUUUGGUGCAAAGCCCGUGAGCCUGACGGGAAAGCAGGAAGAUGACCUGGCAAACAUCAACCAAUGGGUGAAUGAGGCCACGGAGGGGAAGAUUCAGGAAUUCCUCUCUGAGCUGCCAGAAGACACCGUGUUGCUCCUCCUCAACGCCAUCCACUUCCAGGGUUUCUGGAGGAGCAAGUUUGACCCGAGCCUCACCCAGAGAGACUCCUUCCACCUGGACGAGCAGUUCACGGUGCCCGUGGACAUGAUGCAAGCCCGCACGUACCCUCUGCGCUGGUUCUUGCUGGAGCAGCGUGAGAUCCAGGUCACUCUUGGUUGUCCAGCAGGCUGGGCCUGAGGCUGGGAGGUGGGGAAGGCAGUGGACAGGCUGUGGAGCAGGCACAGGGAUGGGUGGGGGGUGUCUCGCCUUUCUUGCCGCCAUGUCCCCUAGGC